AUGGGAAGGUCCGCAAAAUUCACCAAGAGACCUUCGAAAGAAGCUAAAGCGAGGUCGAAAAUCGCUCAAGCAAACUCAAAACCACUUCCACCACCUAGAUCACCCUCUCCUCCUCCCCAAGAACAAGGUGAAGGUGGUAAAGGAAAGAAGAAGAGGAAGUUGAUGAGAGUGAAAGUAGACAAGAAACUCGGAAAAGCAUGA